UCAUUCAAGGCUUUUAGUCGUUCUUAAGAAGUCGGAUGUACAGUUCAAUAAUAGCGAUCUAUACAUCAUACACAGAUUUUCCAGAAUAAGUUUGACACAAUAAUAUGGCGUCUAAAACGUUAUUUUUUGUUUGUUUAGUGGUUUUGUUUACAAUAAUUGAUAAUGCACACGCUGACUGGAAUUUAAAAUUUUGGAAAAGUAAAACUACAACAACGACAACGACAGUUGCACCAAGCACACAAGUACCUUCAGUUCAAAUAGGCUCAAAUUCUCCUAAUGGUAACAGUCCAAUAACUAAUCCAGGAAACCCAGAUCGCACACGACCCAGACAACCUAAUCCUGGUACAGAAGUAGGCUUGGAUAUUUCUGGUCCAAAACCCAAUCCUGCUGGUAUUAAUACUCAUCCUGGACAAGGUUACAGAGAAUGGGCUGUAGAUUUAACAGGAGCUGGAGAGCAAAACUCAAAUCAGCUUCCUAAAUUAACGACUACAGGGCCUACAUUAUCUUCAGGGCAUUCAUCUCAGCCAACUCUUCCAAGCAAUAAACCAGUUACAUCAUUUCCUCAAGUCAAAGUAACUGAAACAACUCCGAGAUUAGCUACUACUCAAAAUUCAAUACAUAACAGAUCUCCAAUUGUUGCAUCUACUACUACUAAAUCUACUCCAAUCCCAAGUAGACCCGCUGAUUCAACUCAAAAUAAUCCCAAACCUGUUAUAAUACAGACUCCGAUUUCAUCCGGUGGUAAAUCUUGGGCUCAAGUAGCUGGAGGAUCAAAAUCACCUUCGUCUACUACAACUCCUAGACCAAAUUCAGGACAAAAUAAAAUUUACUCAAGCAAUCCAACGUUUAGCAAGGGAAAUACAGUUACUGAUGAAGAUUUAGAAAAAUUAUCAGAGGCUCUUUUUAUUAAAGAUUCCAAUAAUGCUUUUAAACAUAUUCAAUUGAAUCUUCAAAAACAGACAUCAUCUAGCAGUUCUAAAGAUGAAGCUCCGGAACCACUUUUGACCGUAAAUUCAGUUGCAUUACAAAUUCCUACUAUCCAAAGAGUUAUUGCAAUUUAUGAUAAUUAUCAACUGGAUCCAAAAGUUCAUGAAUAUAUUAGUCCAUCUCAAAGAGAAGAGGAAAGUCUUUUAGUCGACACAUUUUUAAGUACAAAUGUUAUGUCUAUGGCGAUGAGAUUUUUAGCAGAUAAAGGCUUCGUUCGUAAGGAUUAUUAUGAAUAUAAGGACACUUUAAGACGACUGUGGUUCAAUCUUUAUUCGCGAGGGGAAGGUAAAAUAGGUUCUACAGGAUUUGAGCAUGUUUUCUUGACAGAAGUAAAAUUAGGAACAGAAGUGAGUGGACUGCAUAACUGGAUUUAUUUUAAUGCCGAAGAAGUUAAAAAAAGGGCUGAUUAUCUUGGUUACAUUAAAAAAGUAGAUCUUGGAGAGAAUGCUGUUAUCUUAAAGUUACAUGCAAAAUUUAAUGGAGUUGAUAAACCAGUCACAACAAUGUUUAUUGGAACUUCGCCAGAGCUAGAAAUGGCACUAUAUACUGUUUGUUAUUUUGCACGACCUGAUAGUUCAUGUCCUGUAUCACUUGGUGGCACAAAAUUCAAUAUUCAGACCUACAAAUUUAAAUAUCGAGGGAAAGAAUUGAUUGGAUCAGCUUAUCCAGAGAUAUAAAACUAUUACUUUAAUUAAUAUAAAUUGAAAAAAAUGUUAAACAUAAAUUUUAUCUUUAAUCAUUUUAAAAUUGAGUCAUUAAUUGGAAAAGCUAUCGAUAAAAUGAUUAUAAUCUAUGACACGAUAAUACAUGAUAAUUAUCUAUGAUAUGAUAAAUAUAUGAUAAUAUUUCUUUCUUUA